UAGGCCGCCAGGUAGCUAGGUCGCUAGGUAGCUAGGUGCCCGGACUUGGGGGCUGACCAACUGUCCAUCCUUCCGCUCGAUUCUGCAACACCCACUCCAAUUAGCAAACAUUACACUGCAGACAAAGGCCUGGCGUGAUUUGAUCUGGGUACGCUCGCCAGUUUUGAUAGUUGAUAUCUGGAGUUUCUAUCAUUCACUACCUCGCCUACGAUCUUUUCUCAUCACUAGGUCCUUACUACUUUUUCUCAUCACUAGGUCCUUACACCUUUUCUCAUCACUAGGUCCUUACUACUAGUAGCACAUACAUUCCAACAUGCCAGCAGCAGCAGAACCAGACAGCGACACGACCCUCCGGCACAGAAACCCACCAGCUCCCCAAGAUGCCGGCCAGGCCGCCACUCACCCCCCAAAGACGCGCGUCUCCCUCACAGGCGUCUCCGAGACCAUGCUCGCGACCCUGUCCGCACGCGCGGACUACGCCUCGUACCCCUCCGCCACGGGCGACGGGCCAUUCUUCCCCGACCCCUGGGCCAAGGCCGCGCUGGACCGGCUGGCCUGGGACUCGACGCAGCCCAGCAAGACGACGGUGCAGGCGCGCGGCUUCAACUCGCGCAUCAUUUUGCGCGCCAACCUCUUCGACUUGUGGACGGCGGAGUUCCUUGCUGCCAACCCCGACGCCGACAAAACGGUGCUGCACCUCGCGUGCGGCCUCGACAGUCGCGCACUACGGCUGCAGUCGCAUUGGGCCCAGAGGAAUGUCCGCUGGAUUGACGCUGAUGUGCCGGACGUAGUGGCGCUGCGCAGACAAGUCGUCCCGUUCCCUGACGAGGGGUGUUACUCUUUGAUAGAGCUCGACGUGACCAGCAAUGACUGGCUGCAGCGCAUCCCCGCGGAUAGGCCGACGCUCGUCGUCAUGGAGGGUUUGAUCAUGUACCUGACGCCCGAGGACGCGGCGGGAUUGUUGCGGGGGAUCUGUGAUAGGUUUGCGGAUCGAAGCGGACAGAUUGUGUGCGACGUCGUGGGCAAGACGUAUCUAAGGAUUCAGGCGUGGAACAAGGCCAUUUCUCGCACGGGAGCUGUCAUGACGUUUGGGGUGGAUGAUGCUGAGGAGCUGGCGGCUGCAGAUUCGAGGCUCAGGGUCAGGGACCAUGUGUUGAUGUGGCAGUUGCCGGGGCAGCAUUUGUAUUCGUGGUGGUCAAAGGUUGUGAGGUGGUGUUUUUCGUGGAUUCCGGGGUUUGGAACGCUCCUCUCUGAUGUUAGAUUGGAGUUUUGACGGAGCAAGGGGAGAUUGACGAGCUGCCGGGUGACAAAGGUAACAUCUGGGUAAGUUGUAACAGAGACUAAGAAGAUAUCUGCGCGGUUUGAAUAGGCAACAUGGUUAAACGCGAGGGUGAGAUCGCUACCCAGAAGGGAGCAUAUAAGGGAGGUACCAAGGUUAGACAACCACCGUGCAAUGUAAACACCGUAUAAUGCAAACACCGUACAAUUCAAACACCGUACAAUGCAAACCCAGAUGGAAUAUUGUCCCUGUCAACAGAAAGCAAGAGUCUUAGUCCACUCCUGGCUCGUCCAGUUCUCUGCCUUUCUU